AUGGUCAAUGUAGUGUUUCAGCGGGAGAGGUCAGGCGCAUGGCUCCAGAGGUUGCAGCUCACGGACCAGCUGCUGGAAGAGGCCGCGGCGGCCAAUGAGGGCGGUAGAAAAAGGAAGAACCCUAAAAAAUCCGCAGCUGAGAGCUCUGGCCGGGGCAUGCAGGCAGGCAAGAGACCGCGGGCAGCGCCGGCACUCGAAGGCGGGGCCCCCGGCAUUGCCGGCCAAGCCACUCUCUUCAUCAGUGGUGUACUAGAUGGCGCGUGCCGCGUGCUGCUGCCGGCGGGGCAAGACCCUGAGGGCCCGCUCCUCGGCAGGCUCUACCUGACGGCGUGGGAUCACAACCGCGCAAAGCCGAAGCCGCUUGGAAAGCCUUGCAAAGAGAAGGCACUGCUGCAGGAAUGCUGGUGGGAUUCGCAGGGGCGGCUCAAUUGCACAUGCCACCGCGGCAGGCUGGCUCUGGAUGCGCCAUGCGUACACAAGCUGGUCUUGGCGUCCCCCUGCACGGACUUCAUCGCCAGCAGCGGCUUGCCGACCGCGAAGGACCUGAGUAGUGGGGCUCACGUGGUCGAGCAAUUGGGGGAGGACCCAAGCGGGGCCUUCUACGCCGUCAGGAACAGCCCGAAGGGAGUGAGCCCGGAGCACAGAAUGCUCCACCGGACCACGGCUGGAGCCUGGUACUGUGAGGGCAAACUCAGCGGCUGUCCUGCGCAAGAAUGCUCUCACAUCACGGCGGCCAAGGCUGCCCUAGCUGCGGGAAGGGUGCAGCACUCUGAGGGCAUCCUUCUCGGGCCGGACGCCCUAAGUACGGCAGCUCACUGGAUAGAGGACUGGGAGGGUGAGUUGCCGUUGCUGGGCGAGCCGGGCGAGCAAAGGGUGCGAGGGGCAGGGUGCGCAAUCGAGCGAGGGGCAACGGGUGAGGAGGCGGGACUGCUGGGACUGAUUGCCGGGCAGAAGCAGGGGGCGGCAGAGUGCCUGGGCAUCAAUUGCUUUUGUCUGGAACACCUGGUUCUUUUCGGAGAGGCGCGACCGGCAUCGGAGGCUGGUGAUUUAGAUGGGGCCCUGGAAACGUCGAGCACCAGCGUCGAGCCUUGGAAGCGGGCGCCGAGGGGUUCGAAGUACUGGGCGGAACACCGGGGCGAGCUGCGAAGCGCCGCGCCCCGCAGUGCUGCAGGAGAGCCGGCGGAGGACGCGCGGGGCGAGGAUGCGAUCCAAGGCUGGGUGCCAGCUUGCCACAGCUGCAAGCUGAGCGAGACGCGGCAAGGGGGGUGCAGGCAUGCGGAGGCGGGGCGCGUGCAAGUGCCAGUCAUGCUGCUGGGGACGGAGGCCCUCCAGAUCACGAAGCCGAAGCUGGGCAAGCUCGCCGAUGCCCUCGUUCACCACGAUCCAUGGAUCAGCUCCCUUAAAGGGGGCCUCGUCCGCGUCAGCAAGCUGCGAGACUGCCACUUUCGAGAGCUCAGCCAGAUGGGGAUGCUCAGGGCCGCGUGCCCGAUUCAGCCUCCCCCCUGCGGCGGCAAGUGGGUGGAGCACGUGAAGGCGGCCGUUAUACACGCCUCCACCUGGUCAGAGCGGGUGCUAACGACAAUCUACUGCUGCCAGUGCACCAGCAAAGCGCACACGGUGCACUUCUGUGGGGAGCACCUCGGCCUCUACUGCUGGACGGCGGGGACCAUCCUGGUCCAGGAGAGCCUGCAGCUCAUCCUCAAGGGGAUGCAGCGCUCCGGGUCGGCCUUCUCCGCCGAGCUGGCGAGGGACCAGGAGGCGUUCGCCCGCUCCCCCGAGUCGGUCGUUUUAUCGGACGAGAGCUGGCGCAGGGCGAGCUUGGACUUCUUCAAGCUAGUGGGCAGGCAGAUCCUCGAGUGCUGUUCUAUCUGCGGCGUGCAUCCGGAGGUGCUCCUGGCGGACGGAAUAGUCGGCGUGGCGAAUAGCGACGGAGGCAAACGCCCCGGAGGCCUUGGCAACACGUCCUUGGACUGCAGGCGGACGUUCGUCCACCCCAGCCAGCACUCGAGCGGCGAGGCGCUGGAGAAGCAGUCGAUCAGCGGGCGCGACUACUGCGCCGCGAGCCUCGAAGGCGGCGGAAUGAAGCGAAGGCUCGUUCUGCAGCCGGAGCUCCGCGACCUGCUUGCGCGUCUCUCGCAGCACAGGCCGACCUCCGAAAGGCUUGGGCAACGGCUCAGCGAGGCGGAGUACCCGCUUCUCAAGGCAGCGCUCGCUCGGGAGGACGUGAAGGAGGUGGUGCGUUUCAGCCAGGUCGAGGGUGAACCGGGCAGGCUGCCGAUCUUGGCCAGGCGGCGGCUGCUGGACGAGCAGGUUCAGAUGGUUCGGGAGAAGAAUCUCGCCGUGCUGCGGCUGCUUUGGGGCAUCGAGGCGGACCUAGAGGCGCGAGGGGGCAGCCCCCGCAUCUGGGAGCACUCGCCGGGCGAAUGGGGCGAACUGCUCUACGAUCUGGGCGCGCACGAUGCGGACUGCGGGAUCAUCGGGACAUCAGGCGGCCUCUCGGUCGUCCGCAGGCUGCUGCUGGGGUACGCGGCCACGGCUGCGUCGGGGCCGGCCGUCCGCCGGACUCCUCGCGGUGGUGCUGGACGCCUACGGCGGCGGCUGCUUCCCGGCCUUCUCGCGCCGGCCCUCCACCAUCUGUACAUUCUGACCGCGCUGGCUCGGGGCUGCACCGGCUUCGGGGACGAGCAUCGAGACGGCUGGGUGAUAGCCGCGCUCAGGCCGCUCAAUCACGCCGUCGAGCUCUUGCGGAUCCAGGCGGAGCGGGGCGCGCUGGACGGGCAGGAGACGCGACUUUUGGCGGACGCUCGCGGCCUCGCGGACCGGUUGCUGCCCGGGGUGGAGGCGCUGAGGCCGAGCCCGGCUCAAUGGGCGGCGAUGAGCGGGGUUGAGCGAGAGCUCUUAUGGGAACGGCUCGGACGUGAUGAGGAGGGCCACCAGAUGCACCCGCUCCCGCCGGGGCACGGCUUCCGGGCGGAGCUUGAUGCGCUUGGGCAUUACGCGUUGCCGGGGUGGGAGCAGAAGCGCGGUCUGCCGCAUUACGUCACAUUCGAGCACGCCAACGGGAAGAGUCGGACGGGGGAGGAAUUCAAGUGCAAUUCGGGGCAGACGGAGACCGAAUGGGACGCCGCAAACGUGCCCGGGCUGACGCGGGGAGGCGGAAAGGGGAAGAAGGCGAAGCGGCCGCACAAGAGCAGAGGCGCCAUGGUGGUCUGCUGCCCCCAUCGGGUCAUCUACGGCUUCCACGUGAUGCUGAGAGGCGAAAGUCCAAGGGACGUCUUCACCGUGCUUUUCACGCGGCUGAACCGGGAGCACCUCCCCAAAUUCGUCGUCUACGACAACGCCUGCGCCCUGCGCAACUACUGCAUGAGGCGCGAGCCCGCGUUUUUCGCCGAGAUCACAUUCGUCGUGGACAGGUUUCACUACGCCAAGGCGGGUGCGGAGGUUCACAAGUGCGGGCCCUCCAACGCCACCGACUUCUACGAUCUGCUUCGGUGGGUCAACACCUCGGCGGUGGAGUCCGUGAACAGCUUCUUGAAGAGGUUUAGGACGCUGGGCUGGUACUCGGGGCUGGAGAGCUUCAUGAUCUUCCUGUCCAUCCUCCUCAGCGGCUAUAACGUCGAUCUCAGGCGGGUAGACGAUGCGAAGCUGAGGGUGACGGUGCCGGCAGGGCAAUGGAGUGAGAUAGUCAGGAGGCUGCUGUUAGGAGGGUGA